AUGCGGCAUGUCUGCCUUGCGGCUGCCCUGUGGGAUCAAGGUGAUCUGAAAGGAAGCACGCGGGCACCUCCCCAAAACGGCACUUCUACUUCACAGGGCUCCACCCAACAUGGGCGCGAACGUGCAACAACCCCACGCCGAUACCCCCUUGGAUGGCCUGAGCGCAAUGCCUGCGACAUCGCGGUGGCCAUGGGGCACGACGAGGACGAGGACGAGGACGAGGAGGAGGAGGAGGAGGAGGAGGAGGCGGAGGAGGAGGGGAGGAGGAGGCGCCGCACCAACAAGAGCCCCACGCCUAAGACAUGUGGGCAAGAAACAAAAAAAACGGAUGCCCUCUGCAGGCCCGAACUCCGGGCGCAUUGCGCGGGUCAGCGCGUGCAAGGGCGAGCAGCGGCCGCCGAUGCCUCGAGCCCCAGCGACGCCCGCGGGCCACAGGCCGGCGCGGGGGAGGCACCGGCCAGGAGGGGGAGCGCCUAUCCCCCCCACGUUGGCCCUGAGGGGAAGGCACCAGUCAGAUUCGAUGGGAGGGGGGCGGGCGGUGGCUGCGCGUGA